AUGAAUCUCAAGUAUUUGGAAUAUAAGAUAAGCAAUGAGGAGAGCACGUUGAUACAGCAAUACCCACUGGAUCAUGCGGUUUUCACUGACCCUUACUCAAUUGGAAAACAAGGGUGGGAAGCAUUCAGGUCAAUAUUUUUGGAGAAACAAAAUGUAAAGCUUAAUGUCAAUAGGUUUAAACCUACACUGUUGAAAGCCCUUGAGCUUCUGCAUCAGAAUUAG